AAGAUUUAAAAUUAAAUGGUUCUCAUUCAUCGGUCAGUUUAAACGGUGGUGGUCGUGAUUUGAACAGCUGAUAUAUAACAUCAUCCAGCGGAAAAUGUCUGAUGAAAAUAAAUCUAAUCAACAGUCAGCAGAUCCCGAGUUGGAUGAUCUCCUAAACAGUGCUCUAGAAGACUUUGAUCGAGUAUCCGUAACAAAUUCACAAAAACAAGAUGAAACAACGGGUUCGACAUCAAAAGAAGUAUCAAAAGAACCGGAAAAAUCCGCGGAAGCGCUAGCUGAUGACACAUGGUCACAGGAAUUUAUAAAACAAACAGCCUCACAGUUUGAAAAAAAUUUACAGAAAAUUAUGCAAAAUGGAGGUGAUGGAGAUUUUAAUGAUUCACUGGCAAAAAUGGCUCAGACAGUGGCUGAUUCCUUAGCAACUACUUCAAGAGCCGAAGAUGAAUCUACUGACGGCGAUGACAGUUUAGACUUUCAAGCAGCCAUAGCGCAAGCUUUCAAGGACAUAUCCAACACAACUGAGCAAAUGAAGGCUUCUGGGUCUGGUUUGAAUGAAACAGAGCUGCUGUCAAUGUUUGGACAGCCGUCAGACGAAUCCGGCGGUGAUCUAUUUCCAUUUAUGCAAGGAAUGAUGCAAUCAUUGUUAUCUAAAGAUGUCUUGUAUCCUCCUUUAAAGGAUUUAGUUGAUAAAUAUCCUGAUUGGUUGGAUGAAAAUAAAAGUAGCCUUGCUUCUGUUGAUUUUGAAAGAUAUACCCGGCAAUUUAUUCUCAUGCAAAAGGUGUGCAAAGAACUGGAGGCUGAAAAAAGUGAAGAUUCGGAUGACGUAAAAAGGGGACGAUUUGAUAAAGUCCUGGACCUUAUGCAUGAAAUGCAAACUUGCGGACAGCCACCAGAUGAUUUGAUUGGCGAGCAAUCGGGUCUGUUUCAGUUGGAUGCUGAGGGUAAUCCUGUGUUGCCACCGGGUGUUGAUCCCUCGAACUGUAGUAUUAUGUAAUUUUUUAAAACUUUUAUACGUAAUCAUGUGCAAGUGAUAUUUAAU